AUGGAGCUGGAUGAUGUCAGGCCAGCUGAAGUUAUCUUCAAGAAAAGGCUUUUUGCCUCCGAGUUCUCCGACAUAUUCCUCACUGUUGUUCGCGGACAACGAUAUGUCAUGAAAGUGGUGACAUCACGGACGAGGCCCACGACGAUUUAUGAGCCGGAUCGCGAGCUGGACAUCCACAUCCUCAAGUCGACUGCCUACCGUCGUUUGAAGGAACGAGGAAUAUGUGAGCAAGGGAUUAUUCCUCGAUUCUUUGGCACCAUGGACAAGUUUGAUCCAGGACCAUGCCAGCCUUACCUGCACGCUUUUGCGAACGAUGAAUACCCACCCAGUGCAAUUUUUCUAGAAUAUAUCCCGAACCUUGAGAUGCUUGAUCUGAACAACUAUACACAAGCUCGAAUGAACAAGUUUCUUGAGGGUAUCCGGGAAAUACACAAAGCUCUUGUAGAGCACGGAGACCCGAAGCCCAGGAACAUGCUCAUCGUCAAGGGCGACCGGGAGCGGACAGAGCGAGCUUUUUUGGACGAGGAAGAAGAAACAGUUGAAGGCCUUAAAAAGUGUUUGGAAGGCGACCUUCGGGAAGGGAGACUCAAACAAGCGUACAUAUUCUAUUGUACGUGA